CAGCUGUUAGAGCAGCACCUGUCUGUCCUCAGCCCGAACACACAAACACAAGCUGCUUCUGUUAACUACGCUUCGCAGUGCAAUGAUGGUCGGCUAACACACAGAGAGUGGAUGCUCAUCACGUGACCGUCUCAUCCGCCCAUCAUCACCAUGGAGACCAACAGCUAUGUAUUGAUCCAUGGGAAGAACAUCUCCCACAACACCCCUGUGGGAUCUGCUGCUGGGCCCCACAUGUCCAUUGAUAAGCUGUUUCCGGCCCUCCUGGAGUGCUUUGGCAUCAUACUGUGCGGGUAUAUAGCAGGCAGAGCUGAUAUCAUCACACAGAGUCAGGCGAAGGGUUUGGGGAAUUUUGUUUCUAAAUUUGCACUUCCAGCUCUGCUCUUUAAAAACAUGGUGCUGUUGGACUUUGGAGAUGUAAUAUGGGCUUUCUUCUGGAGCGUCCUGGUUGCAAAGGUUGCAGUGUUUACGCUGGUCUGUGCACUAACACUCAUGGUGGCCAGUCCAGACAGCAGAUACAGCAAGGCCGGUCUUUACGCCAUCUUUGCUACCCAGAGUAAUGACUUUGCCUUGGGAUACCCGAUAGUUGACGCUUUGUAUCGAAGCACAUAUCCAGAAUAUCUCCAGUAUAUAUACCUAGUUGCCCCAGUCUCCCUCAUGCUUCUCAAUCCAAUCGGCUUUGCCCUUUGUGAGGUGCAGCGUUGGAAGCAAACCAGCCACUCACAGCGCAGCAGCCUCGGCAUUCUGGGAGUUGUAGUUUUACAGGUGAUGAAGAACCCAAUAGUGUUCAUGGUGAUAGUGGGACUCAUCUCCCACUUCGUCCUGGGCCAGCAGAUUCCUGCCGUGCUGUUAGAGUUCAUAGAUGGUUUAGCCAACUCUUUUGGAGGCGCAGCAUUGUUUUACCUCGGCCUCACUAUGGUCGGCCAGCUUAGAAAACUAACCAGAGAUGAUGGAGUGGCCUUGAUACUCCUCAUAACAGCCAAACUCCUUGUUAUGCCGCUGGUUUGCAAAGACAUGGUGGAUAUUCUGGACGUUGGGGUCAACAGCACCAGUGCCAACCACACAAGUUUGUCCAACUUUGCUUUCUUGUACGGAGUCUUCCCAACUGCACCCAGUGUGGCCAUCUAUGCCGGACACUACAACCUGGAGUUAGAGGUGGUAACAUCAGGGAUGGUGAUCAGUACAUUUCUGUCCGCACCAAUCAUAUACGUGUCAGCCUGGUUGUUGACCAUCCCUUUAAUGGACCCGACCCCCCUGGUGACGGAGCUGGAAAACGUUAGUUUCAACAUCAGCAUCAUCUGCCUCGUAGCGCUGGUGUGGACCAUCGUGGUCAUGUUGCUCAGCAGGAAGUUUAACAGACUUCCUCACCUCUUUGUGCUGAAUCUUUUCCUGGCUCAGUUUUUAGUUUGCAUCAGUAUGAUCUUGUGGAACUUCCUGGUCAAACAAGAGGACAACCUCCUCGGUAAAAUCCUCACCUUCACGUUGUUGUACGGGUCUCUGUACAGCACAUACGUCUGGACAGGUUUAAUCCCUCUGUGUUUGGCUCUGAUCAACAGAGAUGAUCUGCUGAGGCUCCGGCCAGGAGUUUUCAUGGUUCUGGGUUGGGGUGUUCCCUUCCUGAUGGUCGGGGGUCUGCUGAUAUUAGGAGAGAGAACAGACACCAUCGACUCAGCCUUCUUCUACGGCAGAGCUCAGAUCAUCACCUCUGCAGUGGUUCUGGCUGUGAGCCUGGUCCUUGGUGCCAUCUCCCUGAUGGGUCUCAGCCAGGGUGACAGGCAGCAGCCCGGCUACCAGGCCCUGAACAGAGCGGCCGUAACGGCCGUCACUGACGAGCAGAGAGCCCCCGGAGGCCUGGAGGAUCCACAGCAGCAGACCAAUGGACAGACGGCUAACUCACCUGCCUGCAGCAUUAACUCAGAGCUCCACGGUUUCUCUCCUCUUCAGAACAUUCCUGACAUGAUAGCCAGCACGCAGAGGGAGCACUCAAACAGCACAGGCCACGGUGGGGCGGCGUGUGACGCGCAGCCGCAGAGUUCGUCGGCCUCCGAGCAGCCGCUGAACCUGCCCCCGCCUGGACCUCCGACCACGGACGACAGACAGAUCGUGAGACACGUCCUGCUCAGUCUGCUGCUCAUCGUCAGCCUGCUGGCGAACUUGUCCAGUUGUCUGUGGUGGUUGUUCAACAAAGACCCAGGAAGACUUUACCUGGAACUGCAGUUCUUUUGCGCUGUAGCGAACUAUGGACAGGGUUUCCUGUCGUUUGGGAUCUUUGGCCUGGACAGACAUCUUAUCAUCUUGCCGUUCAAGAAGAGGCUGCUCAGCCUGUGGCAGGGCAGAGACGGCGAGGAGCCCAGUCCGUCCGCCGUGCCGGAGGAGGUCAGACUCACCUGUACACAGUUUGUCCGAUACCACAAGGAUCAGUGUGUGCAAGACAUCGUACACACACGCAGGUUUGGAGGAGGGCUGGAGGAAGAUUCAACGUCCCAUCAUAUCCAGUACCUAAACACAAACCAGGAUCUUGAGGAGCGACCUCACCACCAGCCACAAAAUCUGCACCAAAAUCCCACUUCAGCCGACUCCGGUGACCGGGCUGCACUCGUGUCCGAGUCCAGCCCGGCGGCCGGGGACCAGGCAGGCGUCUCCACUCUUAAUGCACAUGAGGAGCCACAGUCUAAUCAAGCUCACGAUCCUGCCCGUCCUCAUCUUCUACACCAGCAUGAUUUAGAUUCGAGCCCGAUGCUGUUUCGAGGCAGCGACCUGGUGGACUGGCUCGUGGAGCGAGGACUGUGUGCUGCCCGAGCCGAGGCCCGGCUCUACGGCGCUCGCCUGCAGCAGGGAGGAGUGAUCCGAGACUUGACGGGCGAGCGCGGCUUCGAGGACCAGCCCGCCCUGCUGUACCACUUUCCAGAAGGGAGAGAAGAUCCCAGAACAUGUGACGAUGGCUGAGGUUGAGAGAAUGGAAAGGAUGAGAAGUAACGAGCUUCACAAGCAGCAGCCGCCGCUGCUGCGAGCCAUAGCGGAAGUGCCUUACGGUGCCGUUUUUCCACUGCUCGCUGAACACUGACUGAAUUGUAUGAGAGUUGCGCAAAUCUCCUGCAGAAUCCCGUUUUCUCACAUAGAUCUGUAUUUUUGAGGAGCAAAUGUUUCAUAUUUGUCCAAGGCCACUCCUGGUAGUCAAGUCCAAAAAUGAGCCCAACCACCAUGAGACAGUAUUGCAGGUAAGAGAGGUGAUUUAUUAAGGAAAACCAAUAAAGGCAGUCAUCAAUCACUGUUUUUAAAAGAAAAGGAAGCUUCCUGCUUACUGGUAGUUUGACCCCUUACAGCCAUUUUUGAUUUAUAUUUCUUUUUCUGAUUGAACUGAUGGAUUUAUUUCUGGGGGAGCCAACUUCAACCUGCUUCCAAGUUUUUCGUUUUUUUGACAGAGUGCUGUAUACCAGCAGAUUCCUUAAGAAUGAAUAUAAAUAUUUUUAAGUAAACCCUGGCCCUCGUGACGUUUGUGGGCCGGGAGUGAAAACACUAAACGACCUGGUGGUGCCGCUGACUAAAACUGGCUCCAUUCUUGCCCUAGAUUUAGUUUUCCUUCAAGUGUCAUAAACCCCCCCUGGAUUUUCCCGUUACUGUUUUGCAUGCUGCUGCUGGUUCACGCUGACGACUUGCAUGACUCAGCAGUGCGGCCGUCUGCUCAGUGCGGAAACCUUUGCACCGAACAACCAUGUUCCUCACGUCUUUAAUUAUGCAAGUCACUAGAUAUUUCUAUUGUGGUAAAGCAGCAGAAGAUCUUCAUCUUCGCAUCUGUCAGUCUUUUUCUCACUUGUUUAUUUAGGCAUUGUGUAAAAGGAGCUGAGUUGCCUUUUUAACCAGAUCUGGCUUCAGCUUGGUGAGAAAAUCCAUCCCUGGCCAGACUUUAACUCAAUGAUUAUUCUGCUGCUGUGUUGAACCUGAAGUUCAGAAGACAAAAGCAUGCAGUUGCCAUAACAACACGCAUAUCGGUUCAUUUUAAAGGCCAAUAGUGCAGUUGAUAAUAGUAUUAUUCUCUUUUGUCAAGAAACACUACUUGUUUACAGAUGUGGUUUGCCUGUCUGGCUGCUGCUGAUUUGCUAAAUCCUACAAUGUUUACAGGAUGAUGUCACGGUUGUACGCAUAUAGAAAAUACCAGACCAGGGAGAAGCAAACGCUGGCUGUGAAGGAGAAAAUGUGUUGCAUUUUCCUUCUUUUUUUUCUUUGUCGAGGCUCGUCCACAGUAAACGAUCAGUACACAACAGCCAGAUUUUUAUUAUUUCUAUGAAACGUAAGCAGAUAUUCACGUCUGAGAAAAACUGUGGUAUAAGGUGUAAGACGGUAAAUGUUUCCUUCAUCAAAGGUCUCCCACAAACAUGCAGGUGUAGUUUCAGUGACUGUGAAUCUUUAGUUUUGUUAACAUCAGAUUUUCGUUUACAUUUGUUUUAAAAAUGUGACUUUUUUGUUUUGUUUUUUCUUGACUACGUGAGUCGAUGUGAAGGUGUGCGUUUGCUAAAACUGAGUGUGUGCACGGGGGAGAGAUGUUAGGGUGAGGUGCGUGUCGUCACACGAGUGUUACACUGGACCUUUUUGUUUACAAAGUGUUUGUAUGAGUCAACAACAGCAAAAGCACGAUUUAAAAUAUUGUUUGCAUCCGAAAGUUCUGCACUUCACCGUCACCAGACAAACAGAUGUUGAUUCAGUUGUAAAAUCAUAUUUAAAUGUGUCCCAAUAAAAGCAAAAACAGACAAUAAAGAUUUUAUUGUGCAUCUCACACACACACACACACACACACACACAAAACUGAUGAUAUGCAACAUGAUGGAUUGAGGAAAUGAUUUGAAAAGACUGUUUUCCCAGCGAUUUGGUCAAAGAGAACACAAAUCUGCUCCUCCACUGCACAUGAAGCCCUUAAAAACUGACACGCACAAGAUAAAAAUACUUCAGACUGAUUCUGUAGUGCGAUGUUAAAGAAAACCCCUGAUUUAUUUAUUUAAUGUUACUUAGUUAAAACUGACCUAACUGCAGAUAA